AUGGCCAGAUCCUGCAACUUUACUGAAAUGAUGCUCAACUUUCCCCUCCGUGCAUUGUUCCCAGUUGUCGCAGCGUCUGUUCUUACAGCUAUUGCCAAAGUGGCUGAAAGCCAGCAGGUUACUGAAGACACUGGGACAUCUUCCACCCCAUCUCCUGUUUAUCCCACUGUCAACUUCCAGGUCCUCAAUGUGGACCAUGUGUUUUUGCGGCAGGACAGUUCAGAGCCAUCAGGGAACUCCAGCCUGAAGGCACAGACUCAGACUUUUCUCAUUACUGAUCCAGGCGCUGGGCUCCUCCAGCCAACUGUCAUCGCUUCAUAUGGCCCCCUGACUGUAGAUGCACCAAUUCCUCCAGACAUGCUAACCAGUGGGCAUAGGAUCCUGCCAGUCAUUUUGGUGCGCCAGGUUCGUUCCUCGUCCCCUGUUGUCAAGAUCCUCUUUCACAUGCCCACAGAAAAAGAUAAUGGGAGGAGAAGCGGUGCAGCAAAGGUGAAGAACGGAGCUCACUGUGUGACAGCUUAUGCCUUCUGGGAGACGAGGGAAGUCCGUGGGGCAUGCCUAGUGUCUCCAGGUGGAUUCUGUGUGGCACAGCUGAAGCCAGAGCCAGCCUGGUUCAGUUCAGCCAGCCGAUCUGGCAGUUCUAGCAGGGAAACAGGAAGAACCGAUGGAGUAAAGGGGCGUCCAGGGAACCUUGUGGAAGUCUACUUCCAGAGUCGGAGGGUACAGACAGACCAGUGUACGCCGCAGGAUAGCCUACAGAGAGUUGGUGUUGGAAGAGGAGGAGGCCCUCAGGGCUCAGGGACACCAAUGAGGCGGAUAGGAAGUGUCAAUCUGCUCAGAACCCCACCAGGAAACCCUACUUUCCUGCGGCUGAGGCUGGGAGGUGCCGUGGUGAUCCAGACUUCUUCCAAGCCCCUGAAGACUACAGAUGUGGCAACUUUCUAUGUCUUCCUGGCUAGUACAUCCACCCUGGAGAGUUUCACAAUUAGGGCAACAGUGAAAACGGGCCUGUCCUUCAGUGCAGCACGGCCCAGUGACUCGGCGCUGUGGGACAUUGUGGUGGAGCCUGGCAGAGGAGCGACUCCCAACACUGUCUCUGUCGUUUGCCAGAGGAAGGUCACAGUCACUGCAAAGAGGGGUCUUCUGGAAGUUUUACAACUGGACUUUGUGCCGAAAAAUGUUUCAGAGCAGGAGAGUCAGACCAUCUCCUGGCGUCUGGAGUUGCCUGGGAACAUCAAGGAUGUGGGCACAAUGCGUAUCUACACCACACAGAAAGACUAUGUUGGGCUGGCACCUCUGGUCAUGAACACUGAUAUCUUGAACACGGCGGUGCUGACAGGUAAAAUGGUGUCCGUCCCUGUGAAAACUCUGGCUGUGGAGGCUGAUGGCUCAGUCACUGAUGUGACCAGCUACACCAGUUGCAGAUCGACGGAGGAAGAUGUACUCAAGGUAUCGGAACGCUGUGAUUACGUGUAUGUAAAUGGGAAGGAGACAAGAGGGAAGAGCAGAGUGAUGCUCAACUUUACCUAUGGUUUCCUGAGCACCCAGCUGGAGAUGAGUGUAUGGAUGCCCCGUCUGCCCCUGCGCAUUGAUGUGGCCGACCCUGAGCUAAGCCAGAUCAAGGGUUGGAGGGUGCCUGUUACAACCACCAACAGAAGAUCAUGGGACAGUGAGGAAGAGGAGGAGAUGAGGAAGGGCAGGGGCUGUAUGCUGCAGUAUCAGUACUCUACACUCAAGGUGCUCACUCCCUUCGUAGCCCAGGCUGACUCAGAGGCACUGCCAGACCCGCUAACUGGAGUGGAGCCUGUUGAUUACUUCCUUGGUCCUGACUGGCAGGUGGAUGUGACCAAUCUUGUACGCUAUUCUCUAAAAGUGGCAGACCCAGAUGUAGCCAGGUUGCAGGAUGGGGUGGUGCUACAGGGACGGGCUGUGGGUACUACAACUGUACAGGUGCUGUCCCCUCUGACAUCAUCAGUCCUUGGUGAGAGGAGCAUCAUGGUGGUGGAUGAUAAAGUGAGUGUGACAGAGCUUGGGGUGCAGUUGGUUUCUGGACUCUCUCUGUCCCUGCAGCUUAGCCCAGGAAGCAACAGGGCCGUCAUCGCCAUGGCAACUACACGGGAGACGAUCACGCAGCUCAAACAGGAGGCUGUGGUCAGCUGCUGGGUUCAGUUCAGUGAUGGUGCAGUCAUUCCACUGGAGCUGUUUGACCGCAGUAUCUACUCCCUGACAGUCUCUACCCCAGACGAGGGGGUGGCCACAGUACGCCGCACCCCGCAGUCAACAUUUGUAUUGGCCCAUGAUGAAAAUGAAGGCCAAGGGGUGCUAGUGAGAGUGGAGCUGAGGAUCUGUGAGGAAUGCCAGAAAUCCAAGAGGAAAAGCAAGUUGGCAGUGGGCACGGGGCUCCUCAGGAUCAACUUCCAGGGCAGCAGAAGAGCUGUAGCAGCAGUAGGGGAACUUAAAACAAUGGUGACGUCACAGCGUGCUGUGACAGAUGUGGAUAAGUGGUUGUUCAGAAGGACAGUACCUGGCCAGCAACAGACAGACACUCCCACCCCAACUACAUUUUUAACAAGAUACGUGCAGCCAGAUGUUGUGUGGAUUGGAACUACGACAAGAGCUACAAGAGGUACCACAUAUACUGUCAUUCCCAUGACUGCCACUACACCACUGAGCACUGCCAGACCUAUAGAUACAACAAUGGGUGCAGUUAGUAAAGGAGAAGGGCAGAAGAGAAGCUAUGGAAGCAUGCUCGACAACCCCAAUUCACCACCUAAUAAAGACGUACCUAAAGCAGAAGUGACACCCAAAAAGGAACCACCUAAAUCUAAAACCCCAAAAGUAAUUGAGAGUGACCUUAUACGGACAUUCCGAGCCAUGUCUGACUUGGAAAUUGGCAUGUAUGCUUUGGUGGGGGUCUCCUGUGUGGCUAUUUUGGCUUUUCUGCUUAAUUGCGCUUCAUAUAAACUCUGUUUCCGUAAACACAAAACUCCCAUACAAGCAGGCCCGCCACCAAAUGGGGACCCAAAGGAUCAUAAGCAUGACUGGGUGUGGCUGGGGAGCAACAAUCAUGACCCUCCAGACCCAGGGGCCCCAACUCAAGUGUCAACGCUAAAACGUGAAACCCAUCGCCCUCUUGAGUCCCGCCAUUCUACUGACUCCAUGGGCCACCGCACCCUGGAGAGGACCCUGCCCACUGUGAGCGCCCCCGCUGUCCCUGAAAGAACUGCCACUCUGGGCCGCAGCAGGACCAGCUCCCAGCAGCAGCUGCAGGGAAAGUUAAUCGACCCCAUGGCGAACCGCUCAGCCACCUUGCUGGCAAGGCCACACCGCAACGAACCACUUCAUUCCCCCACCAGUAAGAGGAACCAAGUGCAGUUCACCACCUUCACCACGCUAGACAUCAAGCACUUGGCUGCACUGAAGAAGAACGGUGUGGACUUUAACUGGGCCAAACAGCAGCAGAUGCAGCAACACCAGACACCUGCUGAGCCCCAAACACCAUUACCUGACAUGCCAUGGCCUGUUGUCAAACCUUUAGGAGAGCCCCAGUAA